AUGGCUGGAAUUUCCAACAACACAAGUCACACAAGUACUGAUUUGUAUAUCACACAGAAGAAAGUUGCGGAUGAAUGUGGAUGUUUGCCGAUUGCUAUUGUUACAGUUGCGAGGGCACUCAAAGGUAAAGAUGAGCAGUCAUGGAAUUCAGCCCUUCUACAGUUACGUAAGUCCAUGGUAAAAAACAUCAGGGAAGUAGAAGAAAUUGUGUUUAAAUCUCUGGAGUUGAGUUACAACUUCUUAGGAAGUAGAGAAAUUAAGGAAUGCUUUUUGCUCUGCUCUUUAUAUGCUGAAGAUUUUAAUAUUCCAAUUGAAGAUCUCGUUAGAUAUGGAGUUGGAAUAGAGAUGUUUGAGGCCAUUGAUAGUGUCAAGGAAGCAAGAGACAGAGUACAUGCCUUUGUCGAUGACUUAAAAAAAGGCUAUCUCUUGAUGGAUAGUGAGCAAGAAGGUUGUGUUAAAAUCCAUGAUGUAGUUCGUGAUGUUGCUAUAUCAAUAGCAUCUAGGGAGGAGCAUUCAUUUAUGGUAAGAUGUGACGAAGCAUUGAAAGAAUGGCCGGAGAAAGAACGACACAAAAAUUACUCUGUAAUUUCAUUGCAAUGCACUGGUAUGAGCAAGCUGCCUGAUAAUCUAGAAUUUCCAAAACUCCAUCUUUUACGGCUAGAGGACAAUUAUGGGUACAAUUAUGCAUCAGAACUACCAAAUCUCCCAGAUAGUUUCUACGGAGGGAUGAAGGAACUCAAAGCUUUAAGCAUGUUGAAUGUGUACAUAGAAGGAUCACUGCCGACAUCCCUGCGAUGGUUGACCAACCUCCGAAGCUUGUCACUAUACAAAUGCGGACUCAUCAAUGAUGUAUCUGUAAUAGGAGCGUUAGAGAAUCUAGAAAUUUUGAGUUUCGUGGGCACCGAAAUAGAGGAGUUGCCAAAAGAAAUAGGUCGGCUUAGUCACUUGAAGCUACUAGAUUUGUUGCGAUGUGGUGUGGAAAGGAUUUGCCCAGGUGUUCUGUUGAGCUUAUCAAAACUAGAAGAGUUGUAUCUUGGGUCUGGCUUUAAUGAUGAAAACAGGAUAGAAGAAGCUAAAGCGACUUUCACUGAGCUGUGUGGGUUGUCUAAUUUUACAACUUUGAUAUUUAUCUAG